AUGGACGAAGCUGGAAACAAACCGCCACAGUCGUUGGGAAAUGGGGCGCAGAGAAAUCCUCACUCCAGACCGUUUUUCUACGUCCAGCCUCCGUCUCAGCCAUAUUACCUGUACCAGCACUGGGGGCUCAACAACCCCUACAGUCACUAUGGAGUACACGGAGGUUACAACCUUGCUCGUCCCUGCAUGUUUCCUUAUCAGUACAUGCAAUAUCCCGGCUUCGUGUUCCCACAAACUUCACUAUACCCCCUGGAUUACAGGCGCAUAUUCGAGCCUCGCUUCCACCCUCCGUGUGGCGACCCGCCUCGCACUCAUCAUCAGCAGCAGCCUCAACCUCAUGGGCGUCGAGAAACGGCCUGUUCAGAGGCACAAACUGACCCCAGCGACGCCAUAACCAAACUCAUCGAGUGCCUGGAUAAGAUCCGAGCCACAGAGCGACAGCAGAGUGCCGCCCGGGACCGGGAGCUGGACUCUGGCGUUGCGUCCCAGUCCUCUGGGAUGUUUUCUCCAGAAGAGAAGAAGAAUGAAGCUCAGAGUGGGGUCCUGCCUCAAACGCCUCACGAAAGCCAUUUGGAGACCCCGGUGGUGACCUACAGAGAUGCCAGUGCAGCGGCGUUCGAAUCCAGUCCAUUGGUCUUAAACCCGGAGAGAUGCUGGACUGCGGGACUGGAAGAGGAGCCGCCGCUCGACAGCUCCUCCGUCCAUGAGGACAUUCCCGAGCUGGAGCGCUCGAUUGAAGAAGACAUCAUCCAGUUGGACACGGAAGUGGUCGCAGAUGUCCAAUCAGACAUUGCUGUGACCAAACCAAGUAUUCCCAAAUGCGAUGCUGGAAGGUCGGCGCAGUCGCUUUCCCUUACCUCCAGUCAGCCGGCGCCCACUGAAACAAAAAGCCAUGACAAAGUCUCCAAUGCAGAGUUUAUGGCAGCAUCGUUCGAUGAAGUCAAAUCAGAUUGUGGAUACCAGAUCCUCAAGCUUCCACUUGACAGCAUUUUAACCCCUGGAUCUGCCGGAGCUGCCUGCAUCCCCCCCAAUGCUGGCCCUUACUACUACAACUACCUCUCCAUGCAGACCACCCACGAGCGGAUGAGCGUGCUCAGCCCAUCUCUCGACGAGCUGUCCUCCAGAGAUGAGAUGUUUUCCACAGACCUGGAUGAUAUGGAUAUCUUCCCCAAGCAUGUCUACACAGGCCGCAGGCAGCCAGAAGCCACUGAUGGACCCUCUCGCCAGGCCACGAAAGGGGAAGAGACACGACAAGGCUGGGUGCCGGCGUCAAAGAGGUCCAUGUGUGCCUGCUGUGGGAAGCGUCUGUUGAAAGGGACGAGUCGGGUCAAAUCCCACAGCUCCAAGAUGUACCGGGAUGAUCCCGGAGACUCGGAGGAUGAGAGCCGGUAUGGAACAGGAUGCGAGCAGCCGGCCAGAACGGUCAUGAGGAAGCACACUGCCACAAGGAAGCCUCACAGCGUCCCUGCGAGACAUGUCACCAAACCUUGGUAUAAAAGAGCGCAGUACAAAGAGCUGCUGCCGGAUCCUUCCAGCCAGGAGCGAAUGCAUGAUGUCCGCAAGCAGCAGCAGCAGGAGGCGGUGGAGGGAGAUCCUGCAGAGCAGGAGAGCGCCGAGCUGCAGUGCAGGACGUGUCAGGACCGACACUGCACAGAGGAUCUGACCACAUCGGACCAGAGCAGGUGGGCCGACUGCGACUCCCUUCACAGGAGACAAGCCGGCGCUCUGCAGAGACAAGAUGUGAGCAGUCGGUGGAAAGUGAUGUACAGGCCAAGAGAUGAAGACGAUGACGAGCGCUGGGAAAGAGUCUCUUUGAGAGAACCAAGAUAAUGGCUUCCCAUGUCUGAUUUUUGAAGAAUUCAGGUUGAACUGUCCCCACACGAUGGUGUAAAUGUUCAGAGAUGAAGAAGAGAUUUGGAGCACUUGGUGAAAAGCACUGCACGUGGCCUCUUCAUGGUGAAAAUUUAAAAAAAAAAAAAAAAAAAGCUAUUGGUAAAGGGUUUCUGCAGUUUCACAGCUUUGCACUAAUCAGGAUUGAUGGAUUUCACAAAUUAACAAAAUGGGCUGAAAAGUUGUGCAACUGAUGGUGAACCACUGCUUGGGGCCAGUCCAAUAAAAUGUUGUCAUUAUUUAAG